AUGUCCACCAACGCACCAGCUCCCGGAGCUGGUAUAGACCCAGAUGCCGACAACAGGGCGGCGCUGAAGGCAAAGCGAGAGGCGGAGAAGGAGCGCCAGAAAGCCGAAAAAGCGAAGAAAUUCGCGGAGAAAGAAGCUAAAAAGAAGGCUGCUGCUGCUGCUGCAUCAGCAAAGCCCAAAGACACCGCGGGAAGUCACCAGCUGAAGGAGACAUUGCCGGAGUAUACCGAAGAAACGCCUAAAGGAAAGAAGAAAGUCCUGAAACCCCUCGACGGACCCUUCCAUUCAGCGUAUAUCCCCAAAGUUGUCGAGUCGGCGUGGAAUGAUUGGUGGGAGGCGGAGGGUUUUUUCCAGCCUGAAUUCGUCGGCGAAGACCAAAAGCCAAAGCCGAAGGGGACCUAUGUCAUUCCAAUUCCUCCUCCUAAUGUGACGGGUGCUUUGCAUUGCGGUCAUGCGCUGGGAACAGCACUGCAGGAUUGUUUGAUCCGCUGGCAUCGGAUGAAGGGGUAUACCACCCUCUAUCUGCCCGGCUGCGAUCAUGCUAGUAUUUCAACCCAGAGCGUGAUUGAAAAUAUGUUGUGGAGGAGAGAGCGAAAGACGAGGCAUGACCUUGGACGGGAACAAUUCACCAGUAGAGCGUUGGAAUGGAAAGAAGAAUAUCAUUCCAAGAUUAAUACCGUUCUCAAGAGACUAGGAGGCUCAUUCGACUGGACGCGCGAGGCCUUCACCAUGGAUGACAAUUUAUCCGCUGCCGUGACCGAAUGCUUCGUUCGUUUACAUGAAGAAGGAUAUAUCUAUCGAUCGAGUCGCCUCGUGAAUUGGUGUGUGCAUUUCAAUACUGCGAUAUCGAAUCUAGAAGUGGAUAGCAAGGAGCUGAAAGGACGGACAUUACUGGAAGUUCCCGGCUACGAGCGCCCCGUGGAAUUUGGAGUUCUCACCUAUUUCCGGUAUCAGGUGCAGGGAAGCCAGGAAACAAUUGAGAUUGCUACCACCCGGCCGGAGACCUUGCUAGGCGAUACCGCAGUGGCUGUUCAUCCGGACGAUCCUCGUUAUAGCAACCUGGUUGGCAAGAAGAUUCAGCAUCCUAUUGUGGACCGACUACUCCCAAUCAUCGCAGAUUCAUACGUGGAUCCGGAAUUUGGAACUGGAGCAGUGAAGAUUACCCCUGCCCAUGAUGCAAAUGAUUAUGCCAUCGGCCAGCGCCACAAUCUGCCCUUUGUGAACAUUCUCAAUGAUGACGGAACGAUGAAUGCUAAUGCCGGAAAAUACGCGGGGCGGAAACGUUUUGACGUUCGGUACGCCGUGGUGGAGGAAUUGAAAGAAUUAGGGCUCUUUGUGAAGAAGGAGAGUAACCCGAUGAAGGUUCCCCUAUGCUCGAAGUCAAAAGAUGUGAUUGAACCCUUGAUGAAGCCACAGUGGUGGAUGAGAAUGAGCGAGCUAGCCAAGGAUGCCCUGAAAGUGGUUCGGGAUGGGGAUGUCACAAUCCAGCCAGAAUCAGCAAGGGACAACUAUUUCCGAUGGCUCGAGAACAUUACAGAUUGGUGUCUGUCUCGCCAGCUGUGGUGGGGUCACCAAAUACCUGCGUACUUCGUCGACAUAGAAGGUCAACCAACAGACGAAACAAACGAUCAACGCUGGGUUGCUGGUCGAACGGAGGAGGAAGCUCGCCAGAAAGCAGAGGCAAGGUUUCCUAAUCAGCGCUUCACACUCCGAAGGGAUCCAGAUGUCCUGGACACUUGGUUCUCGGCAGGUCUCUGGCCAUUCUCAACACUAGGAUGGCCGCGGCAAACCCAUGAUCUUGAGAACCUUUUCCCGACAUCGUUGUUGGAGACUGGAUGGGAUAUUCUCUUCUUCUGGGUAGCACGGAUGAUUAUGCUCAGCUUAAAGCUCACUGGGAAAGUGCCUUUCAAAGAAGUCUACUGCCAUUCCCUCAUCCGUGACUCUGAGGGCCGAAAGAUGUCCAAGUCGCUCGGUAAUGUAAUCGACCCUGUCGACGUCAUGGAGGGUAUUAGCCUCCAGAAACUGCACGACAAACUGCACCAGGGUAACCUCGAUCCUCGGGAGCUGGGUGUGGCCAUGAAGUACCAGAAAGCAGCCUUCCCAAACGGCAUUCCUGAAUGUGGAGCUGAUGCCUUGCGAUUCUCCCUGAUCCAGUAUACCACAGGUGGCGGCGAUAUAUCUUUCGAUGUUAAAGUCAUGGCCGGGUACCGAAGAUUCUGUAACAAGGUAUAUCAAGCGGCCAAAUUCGUGCUGGGCAAAAUAGGAGACCAGUACACACCUCCCUCGACUCUGGAUAAGACGGGAGACGAAUCGCUGGGCGAGCGGUGGAUGCUACACAAACUCAACACCGCCUCACAGAAUAUCGAUCGAGCUCUGAGCGAGAAGGAGUUCUCCCGCGCCGCACAGAUUGUCUAUCAGUACUGGUAUGAUAAUUUGUGCGACGUGUUCAUCGAACACUCCAAAUUCCUGAUCCAGCAGGGUUCGGAAAGGGAAGUGCGAUCUGCCCUCAAUACACUUUACAAUGCCUUAGAAGCCGGUCUUCGAAUGAUUCAUCCCUUUAUGCCAUUUAUCAGUGAGGAGCUGUGGCAACGUCUGCCCAGAAGACCCGGCGAUUCUACUCCAUCCAUCGUCAUUGCAUCAUACCCCAAAUACAAUGAGUCUCUCGCAGAUGCCGAUUCCGAGGACGCAUAUGAGACUGUGGUAAGAUCAGUCAAGGGAAUCCGCUCACUGAUGGCUGGGUAUGGUAUUCAGGACAACGCCAAAGUUUUCAUCCACGCGAAAGAUGCCCAGUCCUAUGAGCUUAUUAGUAGCGAAGCCGGGAGCAUCAAAUCACUGUCCGGAAAGGGUAUUGCUACCGUGCAUGUCCUUGGACCCAAAGAACAGCCUCCAGAGGGAUGUGCUGUUUACGUGAGUUCAACGUCUACAGCGGUGUUUCUGGAAAUCAAUGGACGCGUCAAUAUCACCGAUGCUGUGGAUAAGGCUCGGAAGCAGUUGGAGAGGAUUACCGACGUUUUAUCACGGCAGCGCCGUACCGUUGAGGCAGAGGGGUGGGCGGAGAAAGCCGAGGAAGCAGUCAAGGCAGGCGAGCUGAAGAAGCUUGGGGACUUGGAAGUCGAGCACCAGAACGUCACUGCGACGAUUGAGCAGUUGGAGAAACUCACCAUUCGCAAUUAG